UUGUGCACCAUCUUGCUGCCAGGAGAAAGGCUGGCAUGCGCACUGCGCUGGUGAAGGAGGAGGCGGGUGACGGUUGGUGCGUGCGCAUGUGUGGGAAAGGGCGCGGAGUUUAAACGACGGGAGCGGUUGUUGGCGCUACCGACAGGAGCGGGUUACAGACAGCAAAUUGUCCAAAAGAGAAGGAUAAAGGAGGAAAUGUCUCUUCAGAGUGUGGAAGCAAUGCUGCGAGGCCCUUUAAAACGCCUGAGACAGCAGCCUUCUGAGAGUAAUGGAAGUGACAAUGCGCUACCACAAGCCUCUCUAAAGAGGCAGAAAUCUUCCUUGGAUGAAGAAAGAGAAAACAUAAAUCCUAUGGACUCUGCUUGUACUUCCUCCAAGACAUUUCGAGCCCUAGAGCAGGAGAUCAAACCAGACACUCCUGUUGUUCCAUCAGUAAAAUCAAGGCUUCAUAGACUUGCAGCAGAGAGGAAAGCUUGGGAUUCUGAUGAAUUUUCUUCUGAUAUGCAAGUGUCUUUGAAAAAUGGGCUGGUCCGUCCAGAAGCAACUGGAUCUUGGAAGGAUGAAUUAGCCAGACCUGCUAUUAAGAAGGCCAGACAGGAGACUGAAACAAGAACUAACUUGAGUUGCACAAAAGAGAAAACUAUAACGAUUUCUAGUGUUGUUGUGCAAUCUGUUCGAGAGAAAUUUGAAGAAUUGAGUCAUGAGAAACCGAAGCAGGAGGAAAGGGGAAGCUGCUCUAAGAUAACUGAAACAACCCAAAGUACAAAAGCCAUCCAGGAAAUACUGCUUCAGAAGUCUACUGCCAGUGCAUCUCAUGUCAUUUGGAUAAAAAAGGAGCGGGAGCUGGAGCUUGCGAUGCUUCGAGGUAAGACUGAAGGAAACAAUCCCUGGGUGGAAAAGAAGGCAUUCAAAUCAAGUACAGGACCAGAGGGAUCCACUAGGGAAGCAUCUAAGGAAACAUGCAUAGGAACGAAGAUCAGGGCAGGUCUGGGCCACGUCAGCAUGCCAGUGGCAGAAAGGAACACUGAGCAACUUCCAGAUACCAGUGAAAUAGUCCCAGAGCAGCUGACGGGGAGUACAAAAGCUCAAGAGAACACUAUUGAUGACAAAAACACUAUUACAUAUUCAGAACACAAUGAAAUGUAUGAAGAGGUACUGCACAUUACUGAAGAUGAUUACAAGGUAGAAGCACCUUUGGAUUGGUCGACUCCUUUCAGGAAGGUUACUUUUGCAUUAGAACCGCAAACCAUUCCAUCGCCAGAGUAUGUAGAAACUGAGAGCAAUGAAAAUGAGAAGUGCAUCUCUGAGACGGAAUCAAGCUCCCAGGAAGAACUGAACAAUUCUGAACUAAUUGAUAAGCUGUUUGAAGGUGUGCUUGAUGCAGACAGGAUGGAAGAAGGAAUUGAACCGGAGGCUAAAGAACCAGCAAAAGCAGAAUUGAAAACAUCUAAAGCUGAGUAUCACAAUGAGGAAGUGAAGUCUGAAGCUGAAGCAGAGUUGAACAACUCUAAAGCUGUGGAUCAGUGUGAUGAGAUAAAGUCUAACGCUGAGGCAGAAGAUCAAAAAGAGAAUGAUGAGCUGACUUUACCUAGCAUCUCAGUAUUGUCUCCUCUUGCUAAAUCCAUCAAGUUGGAUGCUGCAUCUCCUCUUGCUGCAGUAGUUGCAUCACUAAAUAAUGGUCUGACUGAAUCCUGCUGCUCACUCUAUUCGUCACUCAAACUUAAUACUCCUGGGCAGGACCAAGAUCCAGCUGGAAAUCUUCUACGAGCAGUGGAAAAUGCACCAUUAUACAGUAUUGACUUGUAUCGAACUCAACGGCGUAGUGCUCGGCUGCAAGGAAAGAAAAAUGAAGGAGCCGAUAAAGCUGAUAAGCAAAAAUCAGUAGAAGGAUCUUGGUUGGCAGCACAGCAAGUGACCACAAAAGAGAAAGUAAAGAUACUUAAUGAUGAGGUUAUCAAAUUGAAUAGCAUCAUGCAUCAGGCCAGCCAGGCACUAAAUUGCUGUACAGAUGAAGAGCAUGGCAAAGGCUCACGAGAGGAAGCAGAAGCAGAGCGUCACCUACUUAUUGCUUCUGAGAAGCGUACUGCUUUGCUGACUGAACUCAACACUCUGAAAGUAGAGGGCAAUGCUGGAUCCCCGGGCAAGCCAACAAAGUCGACGAAAGAGCUUGAGCCAUGUCGAGGCGCCAUCUCCAUCUCUGAGCUCCGCCUUCCUUUGAAAGCUGAAUUUGUAUGUUCAGCCCUACAUAAUCAAGGAAAACCAAGUCACUAUUUCUUACUGAUGAUCCGAUAUGGUCCACAUAACAUUGUGACGACUCCACUAGCAACAGCAGAAGAUGCUCAACAUGGUGAUACCAUUACUUUCCCAACCACCAUCACACUGCGUGAUAUUCAUUACAAAUUUGAAAUUGAUGUGGAAGUAUACAGCCUGGCUCAGACAGCAAAUGUAGCCACCUCUGAGAAGCGGAGAGUGUCAAGAUCUAAGGUCAUAACUCCAAAGAAACUGCUGAACUCCAUUACUAAAUCAAGCCUACAGUCGCCUGCUGCCAGUCCUGCUGUUAGUAAUUCUGUACGCAGCAGUAAAUUUGUAUUGGUUGGGUCACAUAAAAUCACCUUGGCAUCCUUGGGAAAAGACAAGUUUCCACUUGACAAAAUGAAGUUUGAUGGAAAAGUCAGGCAACUACUUGGAGAUGAAUUUCAGGACAAGGUUCCUUUCCUGUCUCCUCUUGAAGGUGCCAUCUAUCUGAAACUCCAGUGCCAUUUUCACUCCUCGGCUCAGCAUUCAGGAUUCUUGACUAUGUUUGAGGAUGUGAGUGGAUUUGGUGCAUGGCACCGUCGCUGGUUUGUAUUGUCUGGCAAUAUCCUUUCCUAUUGGACCUAUCCCAACGAAGAGAAGCACAAGAAACCUAUUGGGUAUAUUGACUUGGCCAGCUGCAGUAAAGACAAGGUUGAACCUGCCAGCCGGGAGUUCUGUUCCCGGCCCAAAACAUUUGAGCUGAUUACAGUACGGCCACAGAAGGAAUCAGAUUCUGACACACUUGUUGUUCAGUGUAGAAACAAAAUGUGCUUUACCAAGAACUGGCUGUCAGCUGACACAAAAGAAGAGAGAAACCUGUGGAUGGAAAAACUUAACCAGGUUCUGCUCAAUCUCAGAACCUGGCAACUAACAGCACACUCCUCCAUGUCCAAGGAUGGAAUCUGA